UUCCUGCAAGACACAGGCAAAUGUCAGCCUUAGCGAGAGGUUGUGGUUACGUGUGUCACCAUGAAAUGUCAUUGGGCACUUCAAUCGAGAGGGAGGGAGAGAGAGAGUAAGAGAGCGAUAGCGUUAAGGAGCAGGAGAGAAUGAUAGAGACAGAAAGUCAGAGAGAGAGCGCUAGAGGCACAAAGAGAGACAGUCACAAAGGAAGAGACAGACAGACAGAGACCUGAGGCUAAGGAGACAGAGAGGAGAGAGCAUCUGCACAAGUCAAAUAGUCAAAACAGAGCAAAGAAAGUAGAACAGAAUGAAGACUGUGCUGACACGUCGACCCUGACUAAGAGGGCCAACCUGGUGAAUCUGUCCAACAAGCACUCAAGAGGAUAGUGUUUAGACUGUCUAGGUUUUUAGCUGUCUAUUGGUGCAAACGAACUACAACAUCUGGGGAGACAAGGUUAGACAGGGGCGGUAAUGAUGUGGUCCAUGCUUCACCUGCUGUUCCUGCUGUCUGUCCCACCAGGCUUCACUCACAACCUCCAAGGACUGUUUUGUGUGAAUGACUACAUCAACAACAUCGCCUGUGUGUGGAACAGCUCGGGAAUAGAUCCAGACGUGGCCUGCCAGCUCCUCGGUACAAGAGAAGACUAUGAAAACCAUUUUUUCCAGAGUGGUUGUGAUCUCAAACCCUUGGAAGGUCAUUCUUUUGGAGGCUGCAGUUUUGUCUUUAAGGGCCAUUAUUUCAGUUCAAACGAGAACCUCCCCAGCAUUAAGGUGGAGUGUAACGGGUCUGAGGCGGCAAACCUCAUAAAAUACACACCUAUCGAACAUAUUAAGAUGCAUCCUCCUGGUAUCCCGCUCAUCAUCAAUGGGACAAAUGCCACCUGGAGAGCUGGUAGUCCGCUGUCUAAGAAGAUCUUUGCAUAUGAAUUCCAGGUGAAGGUGAAGAGGGAAGACCAGCUAUGGGGGGAGGCCAAGAAUUUUACCAGACCAAAUCAGGAACCGUGGAUGGAGCUGGGUGUGGUGGAGAGUGGGAUUCAUCACAUCAGGGUGAGAGUCAAGCCGACCCAGCCCGCCUCUAGCCACUGGAGUGAGUGGAGCCCGACUGCCUCCUGGACAUCAGAGGGCGAGGUCUCACCAACCUUUGUGCAGUCCCCGGACCUGGCUUUGUGGCUGGUGUUGAGUGGUGCACUUUUCACUCUCAUCAUUGUCAUGUUGCUAGUCUUCUACAAAACACAUAUUAACAAUAGGAAACACCAGUAUGUGCCUGACCCUGCCAAGUACUUCCAGCCACUUAACUCUGUCCACGGUGGAAACUUUCAGAAAUGGCUGAGCCCCUUGUUUGCUCCAGAGUGCUUCAUCACCGCCCAGCCUGGCGAGGACAUCUCCCCUGUGGAGGUGUCUGGAACAGAAGUCUGGGACAUCACCGACUCCACCAGCUCCACCACCGCAGCCUUCCUCCUACACUCUGACCCCAACACCCCCUCUGAUGGCUGGAACAGCAGCGGCCAGUCCUCCUGCUUCUCCAACAUCGGCUACUUCUACCCCAGCGGCCUCCGCAUCGAGUCUUGUCCCGUCUACUUCACCUACCAGGGGGACCACAGCUCUCUCUAUGCCACCACCACAUCCUCCUCCUAUGAGCUCUUGGAACUUCUCGGUCGGCUGCAGAGGGAGCCCCAGAGCCCAGACUCUGGUUUCGGCAUGGAGAGCGUAGAGGGGAAGGACCAGGUGGAGGAGGAAGGAAAGGGUAAAACGGAAAGGGAAGUGGCUCUAGUUGACCAUCAUUCACCCCCUCCUCUUGUCCUACCAGUCUCCCUGCCUGCUGGGAUCCCUCCAGGCCCUCACCAUCCCCUGAGUCUCCCUCAACUCCCCCUUCAUAAUCCUGAGACUAACUCUGCCAUGGUGCCUAGCAGCAGUUACAAUGCCUGGCCAGUAGAAGCUGCUCUAGGCAGAUCCUCCUCAAUGACAGUGGAACCCAGUUGUAGCGGCUAUUUGACCAUUAAUGAGCUGCAGAAUACCUACAGCAACAAGUCUAUUUGAACAAUCCAUUUUUCACUCAAUUUACAUUUUAGUUGAGCUGUUGAACUUAUUCUUCGUGCAAACUAUGACACAAGGCUCAGAUAAUGCAGGUACAAAAUCAUUUUUUUGCAUGGUAUUUUACAUGAUAAAAUACCAUGUAGUUUAUUUGUAUUUUAUAUAAAUUUGGUAUAUUACUUGUAUUACUAUUGGGGCAGCUGGUUUGCCAAUGCGUUGUUACUUUAUCUCAGAUAGUUAGUGCUGCUAGUUGUUUUUGUCUUUAAAUGCGUUCACUGACAUCUUGUUUGUAUGAAGACCUGAAUUAAACCUCUGGCAGAAGAGAAGUGGGUCAGCCUUUAACUUCCUAUGUUUGUGGGCUUAGGUAGUCUGCCCUACAGUACAAAGCAAAAAGGCAGUAAAUGCUAAUUUGGUCAAAAAUGAGUUAGUCGUUUUUUGCUACAUUAAAUACAUGCUUAAUCAUGUGGACAAGUAUCCUUCCUCUAAUGUAUUGUGUUUUUGAGAAAAUGGGGGUCAUGUUAGCAGUAUCUACAUAAAGUUACUGUGAAACCAAGGUAAAUAAAAGCCAUUUUUCUCAGUUCCACGCUAUGAGCAGUUACUGCUUUUUUGCUUGGUAGGGCAGUUAAAGUGGCAAAGAGUGGGCAAGUGUUCCUGCUGUAUGUGUAUGUGUGUUGGUGUGUUUGCCUGCGUGUAUCAGUGGCAGUCGGUUCUGUUAAAGAUGAGGGAGGACCAUUUAAAAAAAAAAAAUGUUAUGAGCAUUGCGUUAUUUCUAUUACAGCAUGUUGGAUGACUGUCAUUCAUAUUCCAUUCACCCAGUUCAAUGUAACAGCGAUAGGUUUAGGCUACUACAUGAUACAAAAAUGUCCCUAUACCCAUCAUGAGGUUGUUACAACCUAGUCUAAGAGGUUUACAACGUAGGUGCACACAGGUCGAGAGAAAAAUUAAAGAUGACAGACAGUGACACAUUGACAGACAGUGACACAUUCAAUCCCGCCUUGCACACUCUUGUCUGCAUCUAGCUGAUCUAGGGUGUAGUUAUUAGUACAACAGUUGCAAAUAAGAGUUUCUAUUGUACAAAUUCAGGUAUUUUUUAUCCCAGUUCCGUUCGCUUCCGUUUAAGAAACAUUUGAACAGAAUCGGUAGAAGGAAUAGCACCCUUGAUCACAUGAAAUCACAGUUCAUAGCAGCCACGUUGUAUUCCUUAUUGCAUCCAUGCGCUCUCCUCCUCUCACCUUUUCCCUUUGCUUUUGGACUUUUGUUGCACAACACAUUAGCUGUAUGUGACCAUGUGAAAAAACAUUUCCAAGCCAAACAACAUCAUAACCGCUACACACAGCCUACAUAUUGUCACCGUAUUAGCUAAAGUAACGUAAUAACUAAUAGAACUAGCUAACGUGUUAGUAACCCUACAAUCAUGCAGUAGUGUUACAGUGUACAGUUAGUAAGCAGUUUAGAACUUGCCCUGGUGGCAAUACAUUUGUAAAACCAAAAGCUUACCUUGAAUUGGAAGUGUUUGAAUGUUGUGUUGGAUAGUCAUAGCUAGCAUCCCUCUGUUUGAGCAGGGUGUUUGAGUAGGCUAAACUAGCUAGCUGCAUCUGCUAGCUAAGUAAGUGAAACUGAAAAAACAAUGACUAUCUCUAUAUUUCUCUCUUGCUUCUCCUUUUUUUGGAAUAAAUUAAUAUGUUCAAAACUGUU